UUCCAUGCUCGUUCUAUACCCAGUAUAUCUAUCUAUGCUUAUCUAACGCGUAUCCUGAAAUACUGUCCUUGUGCAAACGAAUGCUUUUUGGCAGUAUUGGUCUAUUUUGAUCGCAUCUCAUUACGUAUUGAUUCAUAUAAUAUUCACCGCUUACUGAUCUCUGGUGUGAUGGUAGCUAGUAAACUCUAUUCUGAUGUAUUUUUCACCAAUACGAGAUAUGCUAAAGUAGGCGGAUUACCAGUAGUCGAACUAAAUAUGCUUGAAUUGGAAUUUAUUGCCAUGAAUCAGUUUUCAUUAUUUGUGUCUGUGGAGGAACUACAGCAUUAUGGGGAUCAACUAUUAAGUCAGUGGGUGAUGGAA